GUCCAAACACCAUCUAGGAUAAGACGUAAGAAACUCUCUAAAAUUAUAUCUCAAAUGCAUUUUCCAUUUAUUUACUUGAUUUUACAAUGUCAUGCUCCAAUAAACAAUAGCCAGGAUGUGGACAUACUUCAGGGCUCUAUGUCCUAUGACAGGUUAUUUGAGGGUUUAAGCUAGCCCUGGUCUACCCGACUGCCUGCUAUUUUCAGGUCUUUAGUUACGGGCAGCAACAGUUGACAUGGUGCAGGAUGGACUCCUCCUGACUUCACACUUACAUGGAACUCAGUGGUGUUGAGAAUGUGACGUCCGUCUGGACUCCAGCGUGAGGAGACUAGUCCGAUCGAGCCCUCAUCUAUCUUACAGUGCCAUUCUGGCUGCUCCAGAGACCACACCUGCAAAAGAGAGAGAGAAAAACGUGCCCAUGCACACAGACACACACACACAAACAAACACAUAAUCACCAGCAAGAAACAGUCUGUUCACAGGUUCCACUCCACCUACCCCCUUCUGUCUGAAGCAAAAUGAAAGACUGGCGCUGGCUACCUCUACAAAGAGUAAUUUACCCCCCGGUGGAGCACCCCCUGUCCAAGAUGUCCCAAUCCUCCACCAGUGACGAGGGUACGACCUUUGAGCACCUGUGGAGCAGUCUGGAACCGGACAGCACGUAUUUCGAGCUUCCUCAGACCAGUCAUCCAGGGGACAGGGGGCCGUCCAGCAGCCUGCCAAAUAACCGGGCUGAAGUGUGCAUGGACGUCUACCAAAUGAGAGACCUGAAUGACAACGUCAUGUACUCUCCAUUGCUCAAGAAGCUGUACUGUCAGAUUGCUAAAACCUGCCCAAUUCAAAUCAAGCUGGCCUCCGCCCCCCCGCAUGGCAGCGUAGUACGAGCCAUGCCCAUCUACAAGAAGGCAGAACAUGUGACUGAAGUUGUCAAGCGCUGCCCCAACCAUGAGCUUGGACGAGAAUUCAACGAGAGUCAGUCAGCUCCAGCCAGCCAUUUGAUAAGAGUGGAGGGGAAUAAUUUGUGUCAGUAUGUGGAUGAUCCAGUAACGGGCAGACAGAGUGUCCUUGUACCGUACGAGGCUCCACAGGUGGGAACAGAGUUUACAACAAUUUUGUAUAAUUUUAUGUGCAACAGCAGCUGUGUCGGUGGAAUGAACCGCAGACCCAUUCUCAUCAUUAUAACCCUGGAGACAAGAGAUGGUCAAGUACUGGGUCGGCGCUCUUUCGAAGGACGGAUAUGUGCGUGCCCGGGCCGAGACCGCAAAGCAGACGAGGAUCACUUCAGAGAACAGCAGGCGUUGAACGAAAGUGUGGCCAAGAACGGCAAUGCCAAUAAACGCAACUUCAGACAGACCCCACCCAACAUUCCAGGCCCUUCUAUCAACAUCAAAAAAAGGAGACAUGGAGAAGAGGAGAUGUACUACAUCCCAGUGCGAGGCAGGGAGAAUUUUGACCUCCUCAUGAAGAUAAAGGACAGUUUAGAGUUAGUGGAACUGGUACCACAGCAGUUAGUAGACUCCUACAGGCAACAGCAACAGCAGCUACUGCACAGACAGGGUCACGUGACCUCUCCAUCUUCUUAUGGAACAUCACUGAGCAACAUGAAUAAAGUCCAUGGAAACAUCAGCAAGCUUCCCUCAGUCAACCAAAUAGUGGCCCACCAGACACAGCAGAGCGCAGGGCCCUCUAGCAUGGCACACAUGGGUGCAAACAUGCUAGGUGGCCACCAUAUGCAGUCAAAUGGUGAUGUGAAUGGAGCACACUCAGCCCAGUCUAUGGUUUCUGCAUCUCACUGCACCCCUCCUCCACCCUACAACCCAGACCCCAGCCUCGUCAGUUUCUUAACCAGCCUGGGCUGCCAAAACUGCAUUGAUUACUUCACAUCGCAAGGCCUCCAGAGCAUCUACCACCUGCAGACCCUCUCCAUGGAGGAUCUUGGGGCUCUUAAGAUCCCAGAGCAGUUCCGCUUGGCCAUCUGGAGGGGCCUGCAGGACAUGAAGCAAAGUCAUGAUUAUGGGCAGCAGCUUAUCCGCUCCAGCAGUAACAUGGCUACCAUGGCCAUCGGUCCGGGUGGGGAGCUGCAGCGGCAGAGGGUCAUGGAGGCCGUACACUUCCGCGUGCGUCACACCAUCACCAUUCCCAACCGCGGUGGUCCCACAGGGGGAGAGGAGUGGGCAGACUUUGGUUUUGACAUGCCAGACUGUAAGACACGCAAGCACUCCAUCAAGGAAGAGUUUGCAGAGGGCGACGUUCGCUGAGAGGGAACGCUCACUCACAGAGACACUGCUGACCCAUUUUGUUGUUUCUUUUUCAUACUUUGUUGAUCCCCCUCAACCCACCCAUGCCUGAAAUGGACAACUGUUACUUGAUUUUAAUGUCAAUACAGUUGACUUUUUUCAUGACCUUACUUUUGCAGGGUACUAACACAUGCACAAUGCAACAAACACCUUCAAGACCUCCUGUACAGAGUACUAUUGUGGGGAAGGGGAGAGAACUUUUAAACUGUAACGUCUAUGAGCAGAUUGGCAGAACAUGUUUUAAACAACAUCUAUUAUUAUGAGUUGCUAGUUUAUUGGAUAUACUUACCUUAUAUCUUACACUAACUGGACAAUUUGUCUGUUACACCUACCACAUGAGUGCAUUUUGUAGGUUUGCAGUUACUGACCACCUGUUGCUGCACAUUUUGUCAGCCAUUCUCUCAUUCCCCAUCCACCAAUGAAAAGGACCACCACAUAACCACAACUAACCAGAUAUUAGUUGGAUGGUGGACCAUUCCAAGCACAGUAGCAGCACCACCAUGGUAGUGGCUGUUGCACUGGUAUGAGUGUAUUAGAGUUUACAACUUACUGGCCACCUAUUGCUGCAGAGUUUGUGCUAGUCAUCCUCUAACCCUUUAUCAGUGGUUAGUUUCUGACCACAGCACCAUUGUUGACUAGAUAUUUUUGGCUGACAGAUUACUCUCAGCUCAGCACUGACUCUUUGGUGUUUACAAAUUCAAACAAAACUGCCAUGUCUGAUACAUUUAUACCAGUGCAAGGCCCACUUAUGUGCCUCUACCAUGAUGUUGUCACUUCUGUACUAGUCAAUAAUAUCCGGUCAGCAGUGGUGGUCCCUUUUCAAUGAUGGGGUAGAGGGUCGCUGACAAAAUUUUGUAUAGCAGCAGAUAGCCUACAGUAAGUAAUUCUAAUCAUAUAGACACAAAGUGCACCUGCAUUGUAGGUGCACCUAAUAAAAUGACCAAAGGCUGUAGAUAAAAGGUGAUUGUACCUGAUAAACUGGCAACUAAAUUACAUUUGUAUUACAUUCAAAAUAGGACAGGUAGGAAGGUAAAAAUUCACACUGAGUGAUAUAAAAGGUACUGAUGGUUUGUGCCACUGAAUAAUAAGGGUUGCUUUAUACACUUGACUUAAAGACAAUGUUUUGACCAACAGAAA